AGGUUGGGAGAGAUAAACCUGUGUUUUCCGAGAAGACGUGAACUCAUCAUUUCGCCAUGCAGCUUGUCUGGAGUGUCUCUGAACAUUAAGUGGCGCUGUAAGCCAGCUGUAUCUGGAUCUGUGGUGAAGCCUAAACCCCUGGAGGAGAGAGAAAGAGAGAAAGAGAGAGAAAGGAGAGAGAGAGAGAGAGCUGUUCCCUCUCCUCCUCUCUCUCUGCACGGAGGACUCUCUCCUCUCUCUCCUCUCUGUGCUGAACCUACAGGGCUGCAGGUGUGUGCACCGAGAAGCUUCUCUCACUUUGACCGCGUUUGGGACGGAUUUCUGGAGACUAACCCGAUGCGGUAACUCUGUAACACUGUGAGUAGGCUGUGUAGGUCCACACACCCUGGCUGUGAGGAUGUUGCAGUGAUAGACAGCAGAGCAGCUUCUCCUCUCAGCCCGGCAUCGUCAGCUGUUGCUCUCUAGCAGAGAGAGAGAGAGAGAGUGGAAGAGUCACAGGAAAAAGAAAAAAAAGGCCAAACUAUGCGACUGACUUUCUGCCGGUAACCGUUUUCCACCUUUAAGUCGACCGGAGGAGCGGAUGCGAGCAGAGGUUUCCCCACGAGCCUCUGAGUAUUUUCUGCCCUUUUUGUCGGUUCCGGAGGAGCCGUGCAGAUGGAGAAACCGACUCCACCAACCCAACCCCAGCCCCAACCCCAACCACAGCUCCAGCUGUCCAUAGCGAAGACCGAGAGUCCAGCGGAGGACAUCUCCGGUGUGGCCGACGAGGAGCUGCUGAAGUGGACCAAGGAGGAUCUGGUGCGGCGGCUGCGGCGGUCCGAGGCCGACAAGAUGAGCGUGAUUCUGGACCACGGGAAUCUCAUCCGAGAGGUCAAUCGCAGCCUCCAGCUGCACUUGAACGAGAUCAGAGGGCUGAAGGAUAUUAACCAGAAGCUGCAGGAAGACAACCGUGAGCUGCGGGACUUGUGCUGCUUCCUGGACGACGACCGCCAGAAAGGAAAGCGUGUGUCCAGGGAGUGGCAGCGCUUGGGACGUUACAGUGCCAGCAUCAUGCGCAAAGAAGUGACCCUCUACCUCCAGAAACUCAAGGAGCUGGAGCUCCGACAGGAGGAGGUCAUCCGGGAGAACCUGGAGCUGAAGGAGCUCUGCCUGCUGCUGGAUGAGGAGAAGGGGGUGCUGGGUGUAGGUGGUGGCGGCGGAGGAAGUGGAGGCGGAGGGAUUGUAGGGAUGGGAGGGUGUCGCAACUCCAUAGACAGCCAGAGUAGUUUGCUGCUGGUGCCCGGGCAGGGGCUCCUGAUGAGAGACGUGGGGGACGGGAGCAGCACCUCCAGUGCGGGGAGCGCUGACAGCUCUGAUCACCCUCACCAUAAGCAGCCUCACCUGGCUCCAGGGGUGGGUGGGGUUGGUAGCGGUGGGGAGAAAGGGAGCCCCGAGCUUGUGCACAAACCCAGGUGUAGCAGCAUCAGUGGAAUAGGAGGCGGAGCAGACAGGGAGGUGUCCAGCCCUGAGCACCCUACUGGGCGCCACCGGAGUACAAGCCUGGAGUACCCGUACACCCUGCCCCAGCUCUGCCGGCCCCGCUGCGGCUCCAUAUCCGUGCCUGACCACAGUCGAGUCAUGCGGGGCCUCAGCCCGGAAAAAUACGGGAGGAACGUGGGACGACGCAGUCCGGAGCAGCAUCCCAAGCACCACAGCUCUGAUCUCCUCCUGGGCCAGAGGCAGCACUUCCUGGGUCAGGGAGGCAGCGGGGAGCUCUAUCAGAGGCACCACAGGAGCAGCAUUAGCAGUUUAGGCUGCGGGAGCCCAGAGCCCCGGCAGGCACAUUUAGGGGCCACUGAGCACCACGAAAAGGGCUGCGUGGUCCAGGGGGGCAGCCCCGAAACUCAUAGGCACCAGUACAGUAUGAGCCCUGACCAUGUGAAGUUUGGCAGCCCUGUGAGAGACGGGCAGAGGAGGCCGGCUGGAGACGAGCUGUCGCCACACCAUCGGGGCAUCUACAAUGGCAUGAAUGCUUUGAUAUCAGCCGGCUGCUGCACCAACAACUGUAGAAACGUCAAGCUAUGGGACAGUUUUGAUGCCUCCUCUUGACCCCAACUUGACCAGCUAAGCUCCUCAAGGGUCGCAGUUUCUGGCCUUGAUAGACACGAGGGCCCCUGGACGCCACCCUCCACGACUCUGGAUGGCCUGUCGUCCACGGCCUCUUCCACGUCCACAGCCCUGAACAAGCCUGCCUCCAUGUUUUCAUUUCUACAUAUCGAGAGUUAGAGAGAAGAGGGGGAGUUUUUUGGGGGGGGGAUGCUAUUAGUACGGUUGGCAAAACUUGCGAAGACUGCCGCAGCUAAAUGGAUUAGAGUGGAUAUCUCUCCCUUCAAACUGUGACACGGCUACCUCCCGGAGAGCACCCAGAGAAAGGGAGGGACGCUGGGGAUCGGUGAGCGAAGAUGUAGACAACUCUGCACUGUUCGUGCUGCUACCCUCUGUUUACAAAUGUACAUCAUUGGUGGAGAAGCACAUAAAUUAAACUUUCUAUACCCUGCUGUUCCAAACCUUUACUUUCCCACACGUUUCCCCUCCCUCUUUAUCCACUCCCUCCCUCCUCUACUUCAUCUUCAGAUAGUGUGUACUGAGACUGGUGUAAUCUAAUGUUCUGUCUCAGUCUCCAAAUCCAGCCGAUCACACGAUCGCCAUCGUCUUCAACGUUUUCAGCCAUUUCAACUGAAUUUAAAAACAAAACAAAAAGCAUAUUUGUCAAAGAUGUUCUAGCAAAGAAAAAAAAACAACCUCUUCCUGUGUCUUAAACCGAGAUGGUCAUCAUUACUAGCUGCUGACAGAUGUUCUAGUUCUAUAAGAUGCAAUGUUCAGGUGUAAUUUUUCUUUUUUGUAUUAUCUUCUUUGCUCCCUUAAAGCGCCUAUAUUGAAGCUGGGGAGAAGAUUAUACGUUUCUCCAUGUUGUUUUUUACAAGGAAGUAAAGUCAAAGUAAAAAGUAGAUUAUUGGAUUAGUUUUCUAUAUAUCUAUAUAUAUAAAUAUAAUAUGAUUAUUAUUUUUGACUUACUGGUAUUAGAACUAUUAUAUGAAGAUGCAUAUGAUAUAUAUAUCAAAUAAUAAACAGACUUCUUUAUGUAAAGGUG